UGUGCAGUUCGUGCAGCCACAGAAGGCAGAAUUCUCGUUUUGGAAGGCUUGGAAAAGGCGGAGAGGAAUGUUCUGCCUGUUUUAAACAACCUUCUGGAAAAUCGGGAGAUGCAGCUUGAAGAUGGACGGUUUCUCAUGUCUGCUGAGCGAUACGACAAACUUCUCCAAGAUCAUACUAAAACAGAAUUGGAUGCUUGGAAGAUUGUCCGAGUUAAUGAAAAUUUCCGAGUAAUUGCCUUGGGAUUGCCAGUGCCGAGGUAUUCUGGGAAUCCAUUAGACCCUCCUCUCCGUUCUCGAUUUCAAGCCAGAGAUGUUUAUUAUCUACCCUUCAAGGACCAACUUAAACUGUUAUAUUCAAUUGGAGCCAGUGUUUCUGCUGAGAAAGUUUCUCAGCUCUUAUCCUUUGCCACAACUCUCUGUUCCCAAGAAUCAUCUACUCUUGGACUUCCAGAUUUUCCUUUAGAUAGUUUACCUGCUGCAGUUCAAAUCCUGGAUUCCUUUCCUAUGAUGUCAAUCAAACAUGCAAUCCAGUGGCUUUAUCCAUACACUGUUUUACUAGGGCAGGAAGGGAAGAUGGCUGUGGAAGGUGUUUUAAAACGCUUUGAACUCCAAGAUUCAGAAAGCUCUAUGCUUCCUAAAGAGAUUCUAAGAGUGGAGAGGAUAGCUGAAAACCAUGCUUCCGUCACUAUCCAGAUUGCAAAAAAAGAGGUGACCAUUAAGGUGCCAGCUGGGACCAGGCCAUUAAGUCAACCUUGUGCAUCAGACCAUUUCAUCCAGACGUUAAGCCAUAAGCAGCUACAAGCUGAGAUGAUGCAGUCUCACAUGGUUAAGGACAUAUGUUUAAUUGGAGGAAAGGGCUGUGGAAAAACAGUCGUCGCUAAGAACUUUGCUGAUACCUUAGGAUACAACAUAGAACCUAUUAUGCUCUAUCAGGACAUGACAGCACGUGAUCUGCUGCAGCAGAGAUACACUCUUCCAAACGGAGAUACUGCCUGGCGGUCCUCACCCCUUGUGAACGCUGCUCUGGAAGGCAAGCUGGUCCUGCUGGAUGGCAUUCAUAGAGUCAAUGCGGGGACACUUGCUGUAUUGCAAAGGUUAAUCCAUGAUCGAGAGCUGAGCCUCUAUGAUGGCUCUCGGCUGCUGAGAGAAGACAGGUAUAUGCGCUUAAAAGAGGAGCUGCAGCUGUCUGAUGAGCAGCUCCAAAAGAGGUCCAUUUUUUCUAUCCACCCUUCCUUCAGAAUCAUUGCCUUGGCAGAGCCCCCUGUUACUGGAAGCACAACACAGCAGUGGCUGGGACCAGAAUUCUUAACCAUGUUCUUUUUCCAUUAUAUGAAACCACUUGUCAAAAGUGAAGAAAUCCAAGUGAUUAAGGAAAUGGUCCCAAAUAUACCUCAAGAAGCUUUGGAUAAAUUAUUAUCAUUUACACACAAACUCAGAGAGACACAGGAUCCAACGGCACAGUCAUUGGCAGCAUCACUGUCUACCAGACAGCUGUUACGCAUAUCUCGUCGCCUGUCACAGUAUCCUAAUGAAAGUCUCCACGGUGCUGUUACUAAAGCCUGCCUUUCCAGGUUUUUACCAAGCCUUGCUAGGUUAGCAUUAGAAAAAAAUCUGGCAGACGCUUCAAUAGAAAUAAGUACUAAUGAUGAUGCGGAACCAGAACUGAAGGAUUAUAAUUGUGAAGUAGCUUCUGGAUCUCUGAGGAUUGGCACUGUCAGGGCACCUGUCUAUAAUGCCCAUGAGAAAAUGAAAGUGCCUGAUGUGCUGUUCUAUGACAAUAUUCAGCACAUGAUGGUGAUGGAAGAUAUGCUUAAAGACUUUCUCCUGGGAGAACACUUAUUAUUGGUUGGCAACCAGGGUGUAGGAAAAAACAAAAUUGUUGACAGAUUUCUUCACCUGCUCAACAGACCUCGAGAAUAUAUCCAGUUGCACAGGGACACCACAGUACAAACUCUUACUCUUCAGCCUUCAGUUAAAGAUGGACUUAUUGUGUAUGAAGACUCACCUUUGGUUAAAGCAGUAAAGUUGGGUCAUGUUCUAGUAGUAGAUGAAGCAGACAAAGCCCCAACAAAUGUCACCUGUAUCUUAAAAACUCUAGUUGAAAAUGGAGAAAUGAUUCUGGCAGAUGGAAGACGCAUUGUUGCAAAUUCUGCUAAUGUGAAUGGAAGAGAAAAUACUAUAGUGAUUCAUCCUGAUUUUAGGAUGAUUGUUCUGGCCAACAGACCUGGAUUUCCUUUCCUAGGCAAUGACUUCUUUGGAACCUUAGGUGAUAUUUUUAGCUGCCAUGCAGUUGAUAACCCCAAACCCCACUCAGAGCUCAAGAUGCUCAGACAGUAUGGACCAAAUGUGCCUGAGCCCAUCCUUCAGAAGCUUGUGUCUGCCUUUGGAGAGCUGAGGAAUUUGGCUGACCAGGGGGUUAUUAACUAUCCUUAUUCUACCAGAGAGGUUGUCAACAUAGUCAAGCAUUUACAGAAAUUUCCCACUGAAGGUCUCGCCAGCGUGGUUCGGAAUGUGUUUGAUUUUGAUUCCUACAACAAUGACAUGAGAGAGAUUUUGAUUAACACUUUACACAAAUAUGGGAUACCUAUUGGAGCAAAGCCUACCAGUGUGCAGCUGGCAAAGGAGUUGCCUCUGCCAGAGCAGACGUUCAUGGGCUACUGGACAAUUGGUCAGGCAAGAAGUGGAAUGCAGAAACUCUUGUGUCCCACAGAAACUCGUCAUAUAGACGUAAAGGGUCCAGUACUUAUAAACAUACAGGAAUAUCCAAUAGAAAGACAUGAAGAAAGAUCUCUAAACUUUUCUGAAGAAUGUGCCUCCUGGAAGUUACCAUUGGAUGAAAUUAAUUUAAUCUGUGACAUUGCUACAUCACAUGAAAAUGAAGAAAAUACUAUAUAUGUAGUUACAUGUAAUCCUGUUUGCUUAUACUUUAUGAAUAUGACUGGUAAAAGUGGCUACUUUGUGGACCUUUUUGACAUCUUCCCAAGAACAGCUAGUGGAGUCUGGCACCCAUUUGUGACAGUGGCACCACUGGAAAGUCCCCUCAAGGGUCAAGUGAUUCUCCAUGAGCAGCAGAGUAAUGUCAUCUUGUUGUUAGAUACCACUGGCCAGGCCCUUCGCCGUCUCAUCCUUCCUUUAGAAGAGGUUGUAUCUCAGAAACUUUCCUGGUGGAACAAGGAGGAAUCUGAAACGUACAAAAUGUGUAAAGAAUUUUCGCACAAAAACUGGCUAGUAUUCUACAAAGAAAAAGGGAGUAGCCUGACUGUGCUGGAUGUUCUAGAAGGGAGAACUCAUACCAUCUCGCUCCCCAUUAAACUCAAGGCAGUUUUUCUUGUAGCAGAGGACAAAUGGCUUCUGGUGGAGAACACAACGAAUCAGAAAUACCUUUUAACGAAGCCUGCACACAUGGAACCUGAGGGCAGUGGGGUUUGCCAAUUGUAUUUGUUGAAAGAGGAGCCGCCCAGCACAGGGUUUGGGGUUACGCAAGAGACAGAAUUCAGCAUACCUCAUAAAAUUUCAAGUGAUCAGCUCUCAUCUGAAAACCUAAGUUCAGCUGUGGGACAAAAGAUUGCCUCUCCCAACCGAAUUCUCUCGGAUGAGAACAGUUAUGCUACCAUAGUUGUUGGUUUUCCAGAUCUCAUGUCACCCAGCGAGGUUUAUUCUUGGAAGAGGCCAUCAUCUUUGCAUAAACCCAGUGUCACUGACACGGCAUUCUACGGUGGAAAAAAGAAAAGUGGAACUCCGAAACAAAGCAACUGUGUGACUCUUGUAGAGACUAAUCAGGUGGUCAGGAUUGUGCCUCCAGGACAAGUCCCUCUAAAAGAUGUCUACCCUAAAAAUGUGACCCCUCCACACACAGCUGGUUAUAUAGAAGUCACUGAUCUUCAAUCAAAGAAACUCCGAUAUAUUCCUAUUCCCAGACCAGAGUCUCUCUCACCGUAUACCACAUGGCUGUCUACCAUUUCCGACGCAGAUGCACUGCUAGCAGAGUGGGGGAAAGGUGGGGUCGUCACUGUUGAUAUGGGAGGCUGCAUCAGGCUUUGGGAAACUGGACUUGAGCAUCUGCAGCGAUCGCUCAUGGAAUGGAGAAACAUGAUCGAUCAAGAAGAUGACAGACAUAUGCAGAUAACAAUCGACAGAGAUAGCGGUGAAGAUGUGAGCUCCCCCAAACACGGAAAGGAAGACCCAGACAACAUGCCCCAUGUAGGCGGCAAUACUUGGGCUGGUGGAACAGGGGGAAGAGAUACAGCAGGUAUGGGUGGCAAAGGAGGUCCAUACCGGCUGGACGCAGGCCACACAGUGUACCAGGUCUCUCAGGCCGAGAAAGAUGCAGUCCCCGAAGAGGUCAAGAGAGCUGCGAGAGAGAUGGGCCAGAAGGCAUUUCAGCGGAGGCUGAAGGAGAUCCAAAUGAGUGAAUAUGAUGCUGCUGCUUAUGAAAAAUAUUCGGGUGCUGUUCGGCGACAGGUGCAGUCCCUCCGAAUCAUCCUGGAUAAUUUACAGGCUAAAGGUAAAGAAAGACAGUGGCUAAGACACCAAGCUACUGGGGAACUCGAUGAUGCCAAGAUCAUUGAUGGGCUGACUGGAGAAAAAGCCAUCUACAAACGUCGGGGUGAGCUUGAGCCCCAGCUGGGCAGCCCACAACAGAAACCCAAACGUCUGCGCCUCGUGGUGGAUGUGUCUGGUAGCAUGUACCGAUUCAACGGGGUAGAUGGCCGGCUUCAGCGCUCAAUGGAGGCUGUGUGUAUGGUCAUGGAAGCUUUCGAGAACUAUGAGGAGAAGUUCAAGUAUGACAUCGUUGGACACUCUGGAGAUGGCUACAACAUUGCCCUAGUUCCAAUGAACAAACUCCCCAAGGACAAUAAACAAAGACUAGACAUUCUGAAGACCAUGCACGCCCACUCACAGUUCUGCAUGAGCGGGGACCACACGUUAGAAGGAACAGAACAUGCCAUCAAGGAGAUCAUCAAAGAAGAAGCUGACGAGUACUUCGUCAUAGUCUUGAGUGAUGCAAAUCUGUCACGAUAUGGAAUACAUCCUGCCAAGUUUACACAAAUCCUCACAAGUAACCCCCAAGUGAAUGCUUUCGCCAUUUUUAUUGGCUCUUUAGGUGAUCAAGCGACCAGGCUUCAGAGAACUUUACCCGCUGGCCGGUCUUUCGUUGCCAUGGAUACCAAGCACAUCCCUCAAAUUUUACAACAGAUCUUCACGUCUACCAUGUUGUCGAACGUUUAAGAAGUGCCCUUCAUCCCCCUGUUGACCCCCUACCAUUUGAAAUAAGAUAAGAAUAAAGACUAUUCUUAAGAAAAGA